UCAAAAUCCAAGACCUUUGGCCUCUUAAAACAAGAAAAAUCAAAACUGAAAACUGGACGACCUGUACAAGGACUUGGGAGACGUAAGAGGAGAAGGCCGACUCUCGCUGGGAGAGGAAUCCCGCAGCAUGUUGACUUCCAAUGCCCUCUGGCCUCUGCUUAUUUGGCUGUCCAUCAGCUGGCUGACCGUGCAAGCAACAGAACCCAGUUGUACUCAUGUUGCUGACUUUGGUAGCUGUCUAGGAAACAAUGCGCUCGACUUCUGCCCCCCUGGAAUCAGUUGUGGGUGCAAAGACCAAAGGCCCUUCUGCAACUGCCCUUCUUACCGAAAAGGUUGGCAAAAUUAUUGGUACCUCGGUCCCAAAUGUGACCAGCUUUGGAGCACUUUGGACCUGAUUAUUGUCAUCGUUGUACCAGCAAUAGCCCUGUCUGCGACCACUGCUGUAGCAGUGCAGUGGGUCAACUACUGCAAAAACAAGGAGGGAAGAAACGCAAAACGACACAGUGCUCCUCCGAGAGAACAUGUCCCUCGAGGACAACCUAACACAGCAUACGUUCCUCAACCAGUUGAUAGACAUGUGCCACAACCACGGGGAAGAAAGGAUGAUGGCGUCGCUCAAAAUGUGAAAUUCCCCAAACUCUCAACCCAAAGCAAUGCUUAUGAACAAGCUGAGUUACCUCUCUUUGGAGGGUUCAGCUAUGCUCCACAUCAGCCGCUGAGAAGAGUUGUUCAAAUGGGAAAUAAUAAUCGUUUACCGGGCCCGCCUCCUCAACGCGGCGGCUAUGUGGGCAACGAUGAGGAUUAUGAGGAAGAAAACCCAUUUACGGCUAUGGCUAUGCAACCAUUUCCGACAUCAGGCUCCUCCGGAUUUCCUCGGGCCGACUACUAUGAGCCAAACCAUUACCCGAACGGGGCAAGAAACCCCUACAGCUUUGUACGCCCUCAGGUUAAAUAUACCUAAAAGCUUGAAAUGAAUACAACCAACGCACAGGAUUUACCAUUUUUACCAUUCUUUGGUGCGGUCGUUUUCCAACUGUUGAUCUUCUCCAACUUUCUUCCUAAACGUGAUUGUAAGGCUACCUAUUCGUACUCUAAAAAACUAGAAUACCCUAGAUAUCCUUGUCUUCGUUAAUAAAAAUAACUAGCAUAAGAUCUUGAACUGUAUGAUAUGGUCAGUAGAGAGCAAGCCUGGGCAAACUUGGGCCCUCCAGGUGUUUUGGACUUCAACUCCCACAAUUCCUAACAGCCUCGGGCCCCUUCCUUUUCCGCUUCAGCUAUUUAAGGAACAGAAACAUUUCCAAAUUUUGUAACACAGUGUUAUUUGGCAAUGUAGACCCAGCCUUUUGUGAUCUUGAUAAAAACAGGA